UUUAGUCUGGUUCGUCACAGAUUCUGUGGGAAUGGAAGAAAAUCAAGAAAAUACUAAAUAUUAUGGGGAAAUCUCUGACGAUAAUAAUUCUUCAUUGAUUGGGGGAGAAGUGGCAGAAGCUCCAACUCCUGAAUAUCUUCAGAGGAAAUUGUAUUUCCUCCUGGAACAUCUCAAAUUGUUCCAUGCAGAACUUCCAGAAUCAUACCAGAUGAGGAUCCCAUAUGAAUUACUUACCGGUUUGGCGAAUUCUCUGCUAAAUGACACCAUUUUUGAGAUCGUGAAGGGUCUGAUGGAAAUUCAGCACGUUACAGAGAAGCAUCUGGAACAAUUGCGGCAGCAAGUUGAGACAGAACACAAUAUUGAGGUUCAGGAAUGGGUAUCUAAGAUUCACGAUGAUGAAGAAUUGGAGCAUAUUCUCAAUCUCAUGAAGAUAAAACAUACGCAGAAAUUGAAGGAAACGGACAUAAAGCUUGUAUUGCAUUUGGAUCAAAAAGUGAAGGAUCAACAAAUAACUCUGGAUAAAGCAGGUGUUCCUGGAUUUUAUGUCACAGACAAUCCUAAGGAUAUCAAAAUCCAAAUGCACCUAUUAGAUUUUAUUCUUCGACUUAGCAAUAUGAAAUUCGAGCCAAAUAAAUAAAAUUGUAUUUUGAAAUUCC